AACAAAUCAUGACAGAAUUAACGACUGUAGACUAUAUAAUCGUUGGCGGGGGUCUUAGCGGCUGCGCUCUAGCUUCGCGCCUAAGACGUUCCCUGCUGAAUACUUCCAUCCUGGUUCUUGAAGCUGGCCAGGACCCGGACCCGGAACACGAUGUCGUUUCAACCUUUGGAGGCUUUGCUCUACAAGGCGGUGCUCUAGACUGGCAAUUUCAAACUGCAGCGACGCCGUCUACGGCGAACCGUACACAUACUUUAACACAUGGCAAGACGCUUGGUGGCGGUAGCGUACUUAACUACGGAGGGUGGUCGCGCGGUGAUGAUCCGGACUACGAUGCCUGGGCUGUGAAGCUAGGCGGAGAUGCCCGUUGGUGCUAUGCUGGCUUGUUACCUUAUUUCAAGCGCACCGAAAGCUUCUACGAUACCAGUGCUAAUACCGAGAAACACGGCUUUGACGGCCCGUUGAAAAUCACCCCAACCAAGGCAAGUCAUGCGGCCAGGAAAUAUCCUCUCCGCGACCCAAUAGAGAGGGCGUGGAAGGAAGUCGGACUACAGAAAAAUAUCGAUCCCUUUGCGAACCGCUUAGCUGGACUAAGCGACUACUACGAAAUCUGGGAGGAUGGAAAGAGGCGGCCUAGUCACCUCGCAUAUCCAUUAAAAGGGGUGGAUGUGAGGACAUCUACUACGGUCUCGCAAAUAUUAUUCGAAGUAGACGGGACACCAAAGGCGAUAGGUGUAAAGCUAGUAAAUGGGCAGACGGUUAGAGCAAAGAAAGAAACCAUCCUCUCCGCGGGUACAUUGCAAACACCACGCCUCUUACUUCGUUCAGGUAUCGGAGAACCCUCAGUCUUAUCUGAGAACAAGAUCCCUUUGGUACAGGCCCUUCCUAGCGUCGGUCAACAAUAUUUUGACCAUUUUGCUUUGUUCCAAUGGUUCAAGAUCAAAGAUCCUUCUCGUGGGCUUGUGCUAGGCCACCCUAACCUGUCCGACCCGGCCUUUGUAGCAGGCAUGCCGGGUGACUUCAGCGCCAACGAAGGGCUUCCGCGCGAUAUCCUAGAGAAAGCCCUUGACGAAGACGGCGUUGUAGGUACAGAGCGCGAGGCCUUACUACAGCCGGGUCGCGUGUUCGUGGAAACGCUAAUCUUUUACCACCCCCUCGCUCCCAGCUUCCCCUCUGACGGCAGCAUACUUUGCACGUCUACUAUGCUCACUCUACCUAGUAGUCGCGGCCGUGUGUUGCUAUCCAAAGAUAUCGACAGCACCACCCCUCAUAUUGAGCCAAACUACUUCACAACCGCUCUCGACCGUGUUUCUCUUAUUCACGGUGUGCGACGUCUACUAAAUGUUAUGCUUGGUACGGAAGCUUUGAAGGACUAUAUCGAGUCCGAGUUGCCACCGCCGAGUUUCACUCCACUUACGCUAGAGUCCUCUGACAGUGAAAUUGAGGACAGAAUUAGAGCCGUCGGCGUCGCUCACUUCCACGCUAUGGGUAGCUGUGCCAUGGGGAAGGUCGUGGACGGUGAUCUCAGGGUCAAGGGUAUUCAAAGUCUUAGGAUCUGCGACGCCAGUGUUUUCCCAAGCCCUAUAGGAGGACAUCCCAUGGCGAGCCUGUACGGCGUCGCGGAACAAGCUGCUGAUAUUAUCGCUGCAAGUGCUUGAUUGCGCAACGAUGGAUCUCUGGUGAUAACCAUGUGAAAAAGAUAUAUUAAAUACCUAGUUACCUAAGAUGUAUCAUGGUUUGUUUGAACGAAUCUUAGGAAGGUACCGAAUAUAACGACAUUAUUA